CCGUCCUCCUUCCCCGUCCGGUCAUUUCGGAGGCGACAAACAAUGCCAAGCAAGGGAGCGGCAAAGAUAAACUCCGCCGGAGGCGUGACUGCCAGCGGCAACUCGAAAGUCCAUAUCGGCGACAAUUAUCACAUUCGCAAUCAUGACAGCACGCCCGAACCGUAUGGGGCGAGGCUGCGAGCUGACCUGUUGCAAAGCUUGCGAACCUGUCACUACAGAGAACGCAAAGAUCGGAAUCCAGAGCGAGCACAAGGGACGUGCGAGUGGUUCACAGCCCAUCAACUAUUCCGUCGCUGGCUGGCACAAAGCUCCGCGCUGCUAUGGGUUUCGGCAGAUCCAGGAUGUGGCAAAUCUGUCCUUACGAGGCACCUAGUGGACAAUGUGCUCCCUAGCGACAAAGAAACAUUAUGCUACUUCUUCUUCAAGGACGAUUUUGAGGACCAGAAGACAAUGGAGGGUGCACUAUGCUGCAUACUACACCAGCUGUUUACUCAAAGACCAGGGCUCAUGACGGACAAUAUUCUCAAACGUGUUCGUGAAGCGGGGUCCCGACUUCUCAUCUCGUUUGACGCGCUCUGGGAUAUCCUUAUAGAAGCGGCUCACCACCAUCAAACCACAAGCCCCGAGAAAUCGAGCAUUGUGUGCGUCAUGGAUGCCUUGGACGAGUGCAGUAAUGGAACUCUGCUCAUGCAGGCUUUAACCAAACCACACACGACUACGCGCAUUCCGGGCCUCAAGUUCCUUAUCACCAGCCGUCCGUACGGCCAGAUGCGAGCGGGUUUUCAAGGGCUUGGGCACAUCCAUCCUACAAUUCACUUGAGCGGAGAAAGCGAAGAGGAGGUAAAUAAGAUCGAACGCGAAAUUGCCAUUGUCAUCCAGCAACGCAUUGAACAGAUAGGGCAACGAUUCAGCCUUCCUGCUGCUCUUCGAAGGGAGUUGGCCACCAAAAUGUCCAACAUUAAGAAUCGGACCUAUCUCUGGGUGUACCUCGUCUUUGCCGACUUGGAAGAGUCCGACAAACUUAGCCUUGACGAUUUUCGCCGCACAAUCGAUAGAAUUCCCCCGGGCAUUAAUGAGGCAUACGACAAGAUUCUACGGAGAAGCGGCCAAGUCGACAAGGUCAGGCAGAUCCUCCAUCUUGUCCUCGCAGCGGAGAAGCCACUACAUUUGCGCGAAAUGGCUACAGCAUUGGCGUUUCGAAGCGAGUCGCAUCGGACGUUUAGUGAACUUGAGAAAGACGUCCUCUCAACAGACCAGAUCAAAGUCGCAAUAAGAGAAGCUUGUGGAUUAUUCGUCAUUGUUAUUGAUGACCACGUCUUCCUCAUGCAUCAGACAGCCAAAGAGUUCUUACUUCGGCCGAAGAACACAUCGACAAGAAAGCGUGCAUAUGACCUAACAUGGCAUCGCUCGUUCGACAUGAGGGAUUCGCACAAUCUCCUCGCCGAGACAUGCAUCAACUAUCUCAUGUUGAUCGAUGCUGAGCCACCGCACUCGUAUAUCCCUGCGUUUCGGUCUUGGCGUGACAUGAGCCGCCACAAGCUGGAACUGCUGGACUACGCUGCGUUGAACUGGACGAUACAUUUUCGCCGAGCGCAGAGAAAGAUUAAGGAUAGUUUAGUGCACUGGGCAUAUAUGCUUUGCCAGGCCGAGGGGCGCGCCUGCCAGGUCUGGCUCGGGCUUUUUGCGGACACCCCUGUGAAACCUCAUCCUCUUCUUCUUGCAGGCUUUUUGGGGCUGACACGCCUGCUGCGCCCAAUCUUCUUGUCUGGCUCGAAAUCGCCCGAGGAACGGACGAUGCCAGACGGAAGAACGUCCCUCUCAUGGGCUAGUGAAAAGGGCUAUAUUGAUUUCGUUGAAGAGCUCCUGAAGCAGGUCCGCGAGCGCCAGUCUUUCUGGCGGAAACAUUUCCGAAGGCUUGCCAUAGUUAACUUUGCAGACAAGGAGGACAGAACUCCGCUGUGGCAUGCUGCAGCGAAUCGACAAUGGGAAGUGGUCGACGUGUUGCUCCAAAAUGGCGCCAAAGUCAACGUUGCCGACAAAUACGGUGUGACUGCUCUAUCCUGGGCCGACCAUCACGGCGACGACAGAACUGCUGCCCUUUUGACGAGCCACGGCGCACGACUCCCCGAUUUCAAAGCCAAGUUUCGGGAGAUUAUGCGCAAAGACGGAGUCGCACCACUUAUCAAAGCGGCUUCCCAAGGUCGUGAGAGCAUCGUCAGGCUGUUGGUGGAGCAGGGUGCCGACCUUGAAUCAAGAGAUCACAACUCGCGAACAGCGUUGAUGUGGGCAUCACACAAUGGCCACAUGGACACAGUCGCGUUACUUGUGGAUAACGGCAGUGAGAUUGAUGCUCAUGACAAGUAUGGCUUUACAGCACUCUUUUGCGCCG